AGAGGUAGCUAAUUUUAAAGUCUAUCUUUCAUGGGAUACGUCAUAACCCUCCAUCACUGCGACGCGAUUGGCCAGGAUUAGGUAUUUACCCGAACGAACUUUCACUUUCGAUUUAUUUAUGAGGCUAAUUAUUCCAAUCUUGAGACGGUACUCGCAGGCCUAUCAAAGCAUGGUGACUCCGUUAAAGUUGCCGAAAUAUAAGGUCGAGCUUCAUGUGCAUCUUGACGGAGCCAUUCGUUUAGAAACGAUUAUAGACCUUGCAAAACAAAAAGGUAUCGAGUUGCCAGCAUAUUCACCUAAAAAGCUUCAUCCCUAUGUUUCUGUUGCWUUGGACAAGAUUUCAUCUGAUUCUGACUUGUCUUURACUAAUUUUCUCAAAUGUUUUGCAAUAUUUAUGCCAACAAUCAUAGGAGAUGAAGGAGCAAUUGAAAGAAUUGCUUAUGAGUUUUGUGAAGACCAAUCCAAUAAUGGAGUAUUUUACUUUGAGGCAAGAUAUGCACCUCACCUACUAGCAAAUUGUGGUUUUGAUGRUAUUAAGGAAACUAAAGACUURCAUGUAACCCCUGAGAAAGUUGUCAAAGCUGUCAACAGAGGUUUUAGAAGAGGAGAAGUGGACUUUAAUGUGAUAGCGAGGUCUAUUUUGUGCUGUAUGAGGCCUAAACCUGAAUGGUCUCUUGAUGUCCUCAAGCUUUGUGAAAAGAAUCAGGAAUAUGGUGUUGUUGGAAUUGAUAUUGCUGGUGAUGAGGCAAUUGGUGAAAUACCAGCAGCAAAGGAACAUGUAAUGGCAUUUGAGGAGGCAAGAAGACUUGGUAUACAUAGAACAGUCCAUGCUGGAGAGGCUGGUCCUGCAGCAAGUGUUAGAGAAGCACUAACACAACUUCAUGCUGAAAGAAUUGGACAUGGAUAUCACAUUUUAGAGGAUCCUGAAUUGUAUCAAGAAAUCAUAGAGAAAGAAGUACAUUUAGAGGUGUGUCCUACAUCUAGUCUUCUUACUGGAGCUGUACAGCCACCUUUUACCAUCCACCCUGUUAGAAAGUUUGCAGAAGACAGAUUAAACUAUUCCAUUAAUUCAGAUGAUCCACUUAUUUGUGAUACCAACCAAGAAAAGGAAUACAAAGUUUCUUUUAUUAAUAUUGGAUUGAAUGCAGCCGAACUCACUAGAGCUACAUUCAAUGCAGCAAGAGCAUGUUUCCUACCAGAAAAUGAGAAACAAGAUCUUCUAGAAUACCUGAGAGAAAUUCAUGGAAUUACAGGGUCAAAUGAAUACUCGCAGCCAGAACAGCCCCAAACUCAUGAGCACAUCUUCUAAGGGUGACCAAAAUGUGCCCUGRCCCCCCUCCCCCCUGCAAGUACCUUACUCCUAGUCACCUUCCUCAACCUCAGUGCCCAACUCCUGAAGUGCCCUAGUCUUCCUCUCAGCACGCAUCUUCCCCCAGCCUCUAUGUAGUGCCCUAACCUUCAUCCUCAGUCCUUUAAAAUACAGCAACUAAGAUGUCUGAUUAUAUUUAAAACUGGAAAACUUAACAAAUAUUUUUAAAAUGAGCUAUUAAUAGACUCUAGGUAUUUCUAGUGAUGGAAUGGUAUUUUUAAAAUUCUUAAUUUAUAGACGGUCUUAAUUUAUAGAUGGUCUUAAUUUAUAAAUUGAAUCUUGAAGAAAGAUGUAAAUAGCAAAUUUGGUUGUAUCUUGAAAUUAUGUUAUAUUUCAGUUGUUAUUGAAGUGUUAUAGACUGAAGUGGUUGUACAUGUAAGAUUGAAUAGUAUUCAUUGGUUUUUGUAUGGAUUUUUAUUGUGGAAAUGCAAUGCUAUUUUUCUGGUGUUUUGAUUUGAUCAUGUAUGCAAUGUGUUUUUGUUUUGGUAAUUAAAUGUGUUUUUUGUCAACCUUGAAACUAUAGGUUCACUUGAGAUUGGUUGAUAACAAACAAUAAGUUUUAAGUCUCUAUUAAUUAAAKCCUGUUGCUAUUCUUUCACGGCUUAUGUAAAACCAUUUUAAUUAGGUUACGCACUACACAAUGAAUGUAAUAAUAGUUAGGUAAUAUAUUCCAUGAUUAUUAAAAGAUAAAUCAAAGUAUUCUGAA